AUGGAUGAUCCAGCUUCCCGAAUUUCGGGGCAAUUGCUUCCCCACAUGCACUUGGUGUCGCGCAAUCGCUACCCCAAUAUGCACAUGAUGCCAACUGAGACGGCGUUGGAAUAUCUUCUGAGUGCGCCACGAACGUGCCAGACACAACCGAUGCAGUGGACUUUCCUGGACGGGCCACAGGACGGGACUGUGAUGUUGACGUGGCAGCCCCUCAAUCAUCUCGGCACCAAUUUCGCCAGUGACGGGUACAUCUGGGCCGACCCGGAGCAGGUCUUCACCUUCGAGGCCAGGGGAUUUACCGUCGAGAUGUUUGUUCACCACAGCGGCUAUCACCCACCCCACGAGAACCUUGCCAGUCACUCUCGUCGACGUUAUCGCAUUGUCUCCUCUAAAAUUCCGAAUUCGCCCCAGCCAGACCCUUCUUUGUGGAUCGUUCACUAUUCUCGUGCACGUCAACAAGAACAAAUUCCCGUAAAUCGCAUCCCCAUCACACCGCAGGUUCAAAAUAUAACGGCACAGCGGCGCUUCCUACAAAGUCAAGGUCAAUUGGCCCAUAAGGACUUCCUUCUCCACGACCGCAACAGUUGGCCCACGGUCAGGUUUCCGCCUCAAAUGCCUCCUCAGGUGCCCCCUCAAGGUUUUGCGCAACCGCAAUCCGGUCCACCCCACCCCAAUUCGCAGCCGGGUCGUCCAGGCUUCUACCCUCCCCAAGCUCAUCCAGGCGCGGCACCACCAGCGCCGGUCCAAGGAAAAGCAUCCCGAGCUUCGCGUGCUCCAUCAGCAGCAAUGGCGGUGGCUGCGGCUGACUUCUCGCUUGAAGAUGAAGACGUCUCCAGCGGGGAUGCUAUGGAUUUCUUGACCCCUCGGGAAAUCAGCAAGAUGCGAUACGUCCAGCACCAUGAGUGGAUGGAGGAAAUUUACGGAUCACAUCACUCCAUUUCCCAAAUCACCCCAGUUUCCCUCGGUCUUGGUCGAAAGGGUGAGCUUGAGUCGCUUACAACGGGAUUUUUUGACGCGCCAACCGGUGAGGAAGGGCAGGGCGGCCAGGUACCUGACGCCACGAAGCUGGGACCUGCCAAGGCAGCCGAAUUCGCAAACAAUGUUGAAAAGAAGGUCGCUGAUAUAAACGCGGAGAUUGAGCAACUCAAAAGACAGCAUGCCCGGCGAAUCGAGCGCUUCAAUCGUAGCUCACUGUUCAAGGCUGCCGAGCUGCGACUUCGUGAAGCUGCCGCCGACCCGUCAGCGACCGGUUCUGAAGUCUGGCGCUUGGAGGGUCGAAUCAUCGCCCCUGACGAAGACGGUGAAACCCCUCAGAUGGACUACGUGGAGGAGAAGUCCAAGUACAAGGUUGAUGACAUUGUGCGGGAGGUCGAGACGGUCUGGGGAAAGCCAAUUGUGCCUGUGCCCACGGUUUCUUGUGUCGAGAAGGGAGGUCUUUUGGAAAAGAUUGAGCCGGAGCAAAAAGAAGAGCCGGAGUCUUUCACCAAUGAUAUGGUCAUCGAUCAGUCUGGCUCUCUCCCCACCAACCAGGUUGACACGUCUGUUGCAACGGGCAACUCAGUGCCCGCGGGACCACCUGCUCUUCAAGAGUCGAAAGACGUCGACAUGGACAUGGGUAAUCAGACGGGAGGCGGAGGCGCCGCGGGGGAAAGUGGGGAUUGGGUUAUGGUGAACAAUGAAAACAAGAACGCCAAUACUGCCUCCGGCGCUGCUGCUGGUGAGAGCAAUAUCGAGAGUGCCAAUUUUGAUGACUUCACCAACAUUGACAGCGCUGGAGAUGCCCUUGCUGCUUACACUGAGCAAAAUGAUGGGCUGGAUCUCCCUGAUCUCGACAAUUCUGCGUUCGGCGACGCGUUCCAUGCGUCCGACAAUGAGCAUUCGCAUAACCCCGAUGCAGAUGAGAUGUCCUGA